GGUGUGAGAACAAGUGUGGUGGCAAGCUCUCAUCCACAUAUACCACUGCCUUGCACUGUGAGAAUUAUGUUGAUAUAGGAAGCUGUUCCACUCAUUAGUGAUUGUGUUAUACUUCUUGAGCCGGAUUUUUCUGCAAGAUAAUGGAUAUUAACAGUUUCCUAGAAGCCGAAAUUGGCUGUGUCCAACCCCGCAGCAUGGCCCAUCUUCCUCCAAUGCCUGAGCUCAGGCCAAUUCGGCGUCCUUUGGUCAAGAAAGUGUCUAAGGCCAAGAGAGAGGCGAUGCAACCCGCCCAGGGCAUGCGUCCUGCAGAGGAACCGCGUUUCGUUGAAGCCACGUCAGCGGCGUCGACGGAGGUUCCAGAUGCCCCAGUGCUGCUGGCCUCCAAAGAUCAGACAGCUCCAUCAAGCCACGAGAGAUUGCAACAACCAACAGUACCGCUGAAGGUUUCUCAUCACCCACCUGCACCCUACGACAGAUUGCAACAACCAACAGUACCGCUGAAAGGGUCUGAUCACCCACCUCCACCCUACGACAGAUUGCAACAACCACCAGUACCGCUGAAGGUUUCUGAUCACCCACCUCCACUCUAUGACAGAUUGCAACAACCACCAGUACCGCUGAAAGGGUCUCAUCACCCACCUCCACCCUACGACAGAUUGCAACAACCACCAGUACCGCUGAAGGUUUCUCAUCACCCACCUGCACCCUACGACAUAUUGCAACAACCACCAGUACCGCUGAAAGGGUCUGAUCACCCACCUCCACCCUAUGACAGAUUGCAACAACCACCAGUACCGCUGAAGGUUUCUCAUCACGCACCUGCACCCUACGACAGAUUAAGGCCCCAAGCACCAGUGCCGCCAAUACAAUCAAGGCCCAAAGCACAAGUGUUGCCAAUGGCUUCAAAUUCACCCUCACGUGAGAAAUUUCAACAACCGCCAGCACUACUGAGAGUUCCAGGUCCCUUAGAGCCCAGUGAGUUGUCUCAGUGUCCCAGGAAAGUUUCAGCUCAAACUCAGUCAUCCCAUGUAUGGUCUCAACAACCACGAGAUUCAAAUCUUCAAAUGCCAGUGCCCUCCACGUUGUCAAGUCCUCAACCACCAGUCCCUAGUGCAAGAUCUCAACAAGUGUCGGUUUCAAAGCCUCAUUCACCUACCCCAGGGAAUAGGCUUCACCAAUCACCAGCAUUGUCGAAUGACUGGUCUCAACAUUUGCAAGUGUUAAAGAAGGUUUCAGGACCCCAAAUGCCAGUUUUGCCAAGGGUUACAAAUCCUCAGGUGUCAGUCUUGUCAAGUGUUUCAGAUCCUCAAGCACUAUCCCGAUCUAAGAGAUUUCAACAACCACCAGAGCUGUUGAGUGAGUGUCAGCAAGUGUCACCAGGGCAUCCAGAUCCCCCAGUGCUAUCAUUUCAAUGUGUAGUAAACGAAUUGCAGAAAAUUUCAGAUUCCCAAGUGCCGUCCUCCCAUGAAAGCUUAAAAUAUUCACCGGUGAUGUCCAAAACACCAUCGGAAUCAAUAGCUGCCAUUGCAUCUGGUAAAUCAAAAAAGUCAAAUUUUAUUUCACAACCGAGGGCCCCAUAUUUUGAUAAUGCAACCAAACAAAAUCAACCAAGUUUGCACCAUGACCUAAUGCAAAAGGCGUUCUUAAAACAGCAAUAUUUUCAGUCUAAUUAUGUAAUGCAACAGGCAGUCCAACAAUAUUAUCAUCAGCGGAAUCAGUCAUUAGAACAGGCUUAUCAGAAACUAAAUCAUCAGCCCCCAAAUCAACCAACGUUAAGCAAUAUAUAUGAUCAUAGACGACAAGAUUCUAGUGUACAAUCAUUUCCUCAACUUACCUCUGGUUAUCACAGAGAUGCCGCAGUACCUUGUUCAGUGUCUGAGUGCAGAACAUGCAUGUACUAUAUGAAAAUGACACAGCUGUAUGGACAGAAAAAAUACAUUCCAACAGAGGUUCAUCAACACAUUUUACAACAUGGCCAAACCUCUUAUUGUCAGCCGUGGCACAACCAAUAUAACGAUCUCCAGGAGAAAAUGUAUAUGUAUAAGUACCAGCAACAAAUGCAGCACAAAAUGCAAAACAAAUUACAUAUUCCACCUAACGAAAUGGAAUGUGUGCAACGAGAGCAACAGCUUACCUACGAUCACGGAAUAAAUGAAAGGACACAACCCUUCCUGGAAAAGCCUAUGCAAAAUGCUGUUGAACAAAUCCAACAGCCUCAGACACAACAGAAGCAUCCUACAAGAGAGCAGCAGGGAAACAAUAAACCUCUAAUGCAGACUGAUUCUGAAAGGUGCCAGCAGUUAAGAGAUCAACAACUGCCUUGCCGAAGAUGGCAUAUAAAUCCCUUUUUCCAGCAGAGGAAUGAUGCUCAACAAAAUAUAGAUACUGUUGUAAAGGAGGCAGAUGCAAUGUUGACAACUCAAACAAAAGUUGGUCAGAAAGAAUCACUUUGGCAAACACCUGACCACUGUAUAGAUAAUCCUAAAAAUCUGGUUUUCCAAGCAAGCCACGAAAGUGUUGAAAUCUAUUCUCAAUUUUCGAAAGUUGGGGUUACAAAUUAUUCUAUCGCUACAGCUGAAGCAGAACAGAUUUCAGACAAAAUCACAAACUCACCAACUUUUGCCCAAACAGCCACUAUAAAUGUUACAUGCCAAUUAUCUCCACCUGCAACACCUACAGAUUUGAGGAAAGUCAAGGAACAUAAAACAGAUGAGUACCCUUGUCUUCAGUCAUCAGUCAAGGCUGAUCCUGAAAUGGUAGAUGAUCAGAGGUUAUAUAAAAUGUCAUAUGAACUUCUUCAUAAUGACUCGCCACAAAGAGCCAUGCUUAAAAGUAAGUCUUUAUCUAAUACUGAGCAUGAAAUUUGUAAUGAAUAUACAAGCUCUACCCAGAAUAAUGCAGUCCUCCUUGACCAGGCAGAAAAAGAACAUAACUUGGUAGCUGGCCACAUGAGUGGUGCAGUUCUCCCACCCAAAGGCCUUUCAAUACCUUCACGUCCCUCCCAAAUUCCUACUAUUUUCUCCCCAACUCCUCCACCGACGCCUCCGGAGGAACUGUUUCCAGAAUGGAAUAAAAUGGUUACUGAUAAUCAGAGGAAGAGAGCUGUCAUAGAGAACGAUAUUCAGGAAUGUGCAAUUACUAGUACACAAUUUGCAGAUGAUGUAACAGAAAAGCAUAGUAUAGAAAGUUCAGCCAUACCACAGACAGAAAUAUCCAAUCAAAGUAUAUGUCCUCCAACUAACUGCAGCCAACCUAUACACGUGGUCUCACAACAGGUUAGCAGAAAACAAGAAAAAAAGCCAAAAAUACACACAAAUCAGGAUCUUUCUGGUACACACGUAAUUUCAAAUGAACGAUCACCUUUGUUAUUGGAAAAUGUUUCCCAAUCUGCUUCUGUAAUUUCAAGUGAAAAGUACUUUGCUGAAAACUGUUUUCGGGUGCAGCAAAAAGACAUUGUAAUAACUGAGAGAGAACAAAAGACCAACAAAAAGACAGCUAAAAAGUCAAAUUUGCACUUAAAUAUACCUCUCCCAGAGAACCAACUACUGCCAAGCCAACAGAAAUCACUCUUACCUAAAGAACCUUCAACAUCAAUUACAGAAACUUUGAUUGAAGUCUGUGGUACCAAGAGCUUGUCUUCAAUGCAAAAUGAAAUGUCCCAUUAUUCCACUAAGCCAUCUUGCAUUAUAAAUGGUUCUGUCGAUUCUCAAAAUGUAUCCAACGAUACCAGAACCAUCCAACAGGCUAUUAGUAAAAAAGAGAAAGUGGUGACUGAUGUUAAAAUAUUGAUGGAUGGAAAAAGUCAAACACUGGAUAUAGCAGGUCCUCCAAAAGAAAACUCUCAUAGGUUUGCUAAACAAGGAACUACAAGUGUAGGUGAUGGAAUACCAAAUACCAUUAGUAAGUACUCAGUCGUUUCAGUUAAACAGAAACUUAAAACUGUUUCUAAAAACAACAUUGAAAGGUCUAGUAACAUGUAUGACUGCUUAGGGUCGGUACACUUCAUUUCUCGAUGUUAUCGAACUAUGUGUUUCGUGUGCAACAAAGAAAUUUCUGGAAAAAAUGUAAUAAAUCAUAUGUUUUUCCCUCACUUGAAAUGUAGGGACUGUAAAACCAUAAUCAAAUCAUGCCAGGCUUACAGCCAGUUAAAGAAAAGACUAAGGAAGGGAAAACUAAAUUCCUGCAGCAGUGUCUCUGGAUGUCAUAAUUUCGAUAGAUGGAACGUCAAUCCAGUUGACUUUCUAGCCUAUAAAAUUAGGAAGUUCAUUGCACUCAGGGAAAAAAGAAGCUAUAAUAAUCAGCCAACGGAACAGGAAGUUACAGAUGAGAUGGAAAAGUACAUCAAAAAGCUGUCAAUGCUACAGUUUUUGAACCCCUGGAAAUCUGCAAUCAGGAGUUGCAAGACAUACAUGAAGGCUGUAAAGCAAACAAAGUCUAAAUCCAAAAAAGAAGGCAAGAAGAGAAAAAGGGCCGAAGAUCCGGAAAAAGGAAAUGGAGAGGUCAAAAGAGCAAGGAAGAAUAACAUAAAUGUCCCUAAACCAAUUCUUAAGAAUCUUUCAAAAACUAGUUUUAGCAGUUCUAAUUUCCAUGUCGAAGAUCCGAAAAAAGAAAAUGGAGAGGUCAAAAGAGCAAGGAAGAAGAGUAACAUAAAUGUCCCUAAACCAGUUCUUAAGAAUCUCUCAGAAACUAGUAAUACCAGUUCUAAUUUCCAGGAAUCCUGCAGCCAAAUUACUAUGUCUCUGGAGUCCACAAACCUCGACAAAACAACUAAUAGAUCAGAGGAAACAAUAGUAUUACAAGAACAGGGAAAGACUGUAGCUACAACGGAAAGGACUGUGCAUAAAGUGCCUAGCAUUAUAACAAAAGUCAUACAGGAACCAUUACUAGCUAAGGUAAACGGGGAACCCCAAGCUAAGGAAUUGGAGUCGAGUGUGGAUGCAGCCUUACCUGAGUAUGGUGACGAGUACCUCCUGAAUUCCUGCGACAUGGACAUGCUUGAUAAAAUGACUACCUAUGUAUCAUUAUCAGAUGGGCCAUAAUUCGGCCACAGAAAAGGGAAACCGCUCGUCUCUCAUGGCGAGGCUAUGAUAUUCUAAUCAAAACAACGAAAGCUAUUAUAAUUGCUAAGCAUAGUUGCCAAAGCCAAAGCUGCUAGAGGAAUAUGUUGCAGUGAUUUCAGGUUCUUAGUGUUUAUUGUUAACACUAGUUAGGCUAGAUUGCUAAAUGAAAGGAAAUAAAGCUGGUUAUAGUGAGUUUACAUGAAAGGAAAUUUUAAAUUUUGUUUUUUAUGAAGAAAGUUUUAUGUUUGUGGUCAUAGCUAAUGUCACUAUGAUGCAAUAUUGUAAUAUUUAUAUGAAUGUUUAUACAUAUGAUAUUAAAUUAUAUUUCCUACA